AUGGUUGCCGACAAUUUACUCAUAGGUGUCUUCCCGUGCGCCUCGGCAUCCUGUCCAAGGAGGGAAGAUAUGCGGGCUGGAUUUUGGGGGGGUCUUGAGGUUUUUCUAGGCCUUCAGGCCGUUGCCGACUGGGCAGGAAAUGCCACGUGUGGCUUGCUGGUAACUAGCGUGUGGCUCUGUCAACUCGGCCUCCGGUUGGGCCAAUUGCUGGGCCUCUGA